UUUUCCGCAACUAAGUCAGUAUUUAUGUGCUGCUUUACACAAAUCCUCCACUAGAUCUAUUAGACAGUGAUACAUUUGUUCAUUCUUUCUAUUUUUAGAAGAAGUAUACUUCAGCUCAUACCCACUCAAACCUGGUAUUAAGGGGUUUUGGGUGUUGAUUCUUUAAGCAUUGCUGCAAUGGGGAAAGUUGCUCUUUUUUAUUUGAUUUGUGGUAUCUUGGUUUUUGGGAGCGUCUCUGUGGUGAAAGCAGAGGAUGCUUACAGAUAUUUUACAUGGACUGCUACUUAUGGAACUGCUUCUCCCCUUGGUGUUCCUCAGCAGAUAAUCCUGAUCAAUGGUCAAUUUCCUGGUCCAAAACUUGAUCUUGUCACUAAUGAGAAUGUAAUCCUUAACCUUAUUAAUAAGUUGGACGAGCCUCUUCUAUUGACAUGGAACGGAAUCAAACAAAGGAAGAACUCAUGGCAAGAUGGAGUUUUGGGAACUAAUUGUCCCAUUCCUCCAAAUUCAAAUUACACUUACAAGUUCCAAAUGAAAGACCAAAUUGGAAGCUAUACAUACUUCCCUUCAACUCAAUUGCACAGAGCUGUUGGAGGUUUCGGAGCACUAAACAUAUAUGCAAGAUCAGUAAUCCCAGUUCCAUAUGCUAAACCUGCUGGAGAUUUCAGUUUACUUAUUGGUGAUUGGUACAAGAGCAGCCAUAAGGUAUUGCGGCAAAUAUUGGACUCAGGGAAGUCUCUUCCUUUUCCAAGUGGCCUCCUUAUAAACGGACAGAAGCAGUCUACCUUCACUGGCGAUCAAGGAAAAACAUACAUGUUCAGGAUCUCUAAUGUAGGUUUGAAAAAUACCUUUAACUUCAGAAUUCAGGGCCACAAGAUGAGAGUCGUCGAGGUUGAAGGAUCCCAUGUGAUUCAGAGCCUCUAUGAUUCUCUUGAUGUCCAUGUUGGUCAAUCUAUGUCCGUCCUUGUUACGUUGGAUCAGCCUCCAAAGGACUACUACAUUGUCGCUUCCACAAGGUUCACAAGGACUGUUCUUACUGCUACUGCAGUUCUCCACUACUCUAACUCUAAGGCGUCUGUUUCUGGACCCAUGCCAUCUGCUCCCGCUGGUCAAAUGCACUGGUCUAUGUUGCAAGCCAGAACAUUCAGGUGGAAUCUGACAGCAAAUGCAGCUAGACCAAAUCCUCAGGGUACAUUCCACUAUGGUAAAAUUACAAUAUCAAGGACUUUUGUGCUGGCUAACUCUGCACCUCUUAUCAAUGGGAAGCUGAGAUAUGCUGUGAAUCGGGUCUCUUAUGUUAAUCCUGAUACUCCACUAAAACUUGCUGAUCAUUUCAACAUCCCCGGAGUCUUCAGCUUGAACUCCAUUCAAACUUUUCCCUCUGAUGGUUCUCCUUACCUAGCUACAGCUGUGUUUCCAGCUUCUCACCAUGAUUUCAUCGAAAUCGUUUUCCAAAACAAUGAGGCUACUAUGCAAUCUUGGCAUCUUGAUGGCUAUGACUUCUGGGUCGUCGGUUUUGGAUCUCGCACAUGGACACAAGCAAGUAGAAAUAAGUACAAUCUUGUUGAUGCUCCUACUAGACAUACUACACAGGUUUAUCCAAAAUCCUGGACUGCUAUAUUGGUAUCAUUGGACAACCAAGGAAUGUGGAAUUUGAGGUCAGCAAUGUGGGAUAGGCAAUAUCUUGGACAACAGGUGUACCUCAGGGUCUACAACCCAACCCAAAGUCUAGCUAAUGAAUAUGACAUACCUACUAAUGCUCUUCUAUGUGGCAAAGCUGUUGGUCGACAUCCUUAAUUUGAUGAGUCCUUUAGGCUUCUGUUUUAUUACUGGUCAUGAGAGGUUGACUAGGAGAGAUUUGCGGCAAAAUAUAAUUACUUGGUUACUUGUGUUGUAAUCAGAUACCUUUGUAUUUUAUGGUUGUUGGCUACACUAGUUUUUGAAAUGCCAGCUAAUACGAAGUUCAUUGUUAGAUAGUAA